CAUCGCUGGCUAGACAGCUCUAUCUUCUAUACUCCAACAGAAAAAUCAAUUUUUCCCAAUUGUAAACACGAUGGCAGACAAAGAGUGGAUUCCUAGUCGAAAGUAGAACACCCAACCAUGCCGAGCACGUAUUUGUUCGCCGCCAGCAGCGAAGGACGCGUCUACACGCUGUCCACCAGCUCCGGAGCCUGGCGCGAGCUUCCCUACCUGGGAUUGGAGUUCAAGAAGAUCUGCGCGGUGCCCAACUUUUUGUGGGCCAUCGGCGGCGACCGCCAGGUGUACGUGCAUGUCCACGGACUGGACGUGCCCAUCCGGAUACGGGAGGAGUCGUACGAGAACGAGCGCUGGCUGCCCAUCGAGGGGUUCUCCAAGACGCUGCUGCCCACGGAUCGGUACAGGUACUCCUCCGCGGAUGGCAGUGUGGAACGCGGUGUGGACAAGAUCCGUCUGCCCUCGAUGGCCUGGCAGUGGGACGGCGACUGGCACCUGGACCUGGAGCUCGAUGGUCAGCCGCUGCCCGAGGAUGGCUGGAUGUACGCCCUGGAUUUCCCUGCCACGUACUCGGUGAAGAAGUCGUGGAACUCCUACGUGCGUCGCCGCAAGUGGGUGAGAUACAGAAGGUACGCCGCCCUGAAUAGCUGGUGCGCCGUGGCCCCGCUGCACAAGGAUCCCACCCAGGAGCCCUUCAUCGACGUGGCCAUCGGUGGCACCUGUGUUCCCAACGCCCCCGCCGGCACUCUGUGCGUGUGGGCCAUCACCGCUCAUGGCAGGGCCAUGUUCCGCACUGGAGUGUCCAAAACGGCGCCCGAGGGUCUCCGCUGGACCGCCGUGCCCACACCGACGGGUAGCGAACUCUCGCAGAUCAGCGUGGGACCCACGGGAUUGGUCUGGGCGGUUCUCUACAACGGGCGUGUGAUUGUCCGCACUGGAGUCACCCGGGACAAUCUCGUCGGAGAUUCGUGGCUGGAUGUCAAGACCCCGGUGGCCACCUGUAGCCUGCGCAUCGUACACGUCUCCGUGGGCACCGAUGCAGUGUGGUGUGUGACCAACGAUCAUCACGCCUGGUUCAGGCGGGGCAUCAAGGGCGAGGCAGCGGGUAUAAGCGAGGAUUCGGCCAUUGGCAAGGGCUGGGUGGAAAUGGUGGGCAACAUUUCCAUGAUCUCUGUGGCGGCCAAUGAUCAGGUCUUUGCCGUGGGAGCUGCUGAUCGUUGUCUAUACCACCGCUCUGGGGUGACUUCCGCCGAUCCCACGGGCAAAAAGUGGCGUUUGAUUCAGUGUCCCAUGCAAAUCAGCCGCACUUCCAGCUCUCUUUCGAUUGUCUCCCGAAAAAGUGGUGGCAGCAGCUCAACUCCUGGCUCAAAGCAUCAGAGCUUCUCCAAUCUGUACUCCAAGGAGAAGGAAAAGGGAGUUGUGGAGACCUGUGCCGUCAUAGAAACCGUGCCGAAUAGUUCCACGGGUUCGUGCUCCAGCAAUGGCGGUCCGCCUGGUCUUCUCAAGAACGAACGUUGGAAGCUGAGUGCGGACUCACCUCCGACCAUAGGAAGUUUGAAUCUGAACGAUCGCCACAAGCAGCGAACUGCUGCUCUUCGCGAGACCUCACAUGCCUCCAGUGCUCCCGCCGCGGAUGUGGUUGAGAUCAGUGGAAAGUUCGAGACACAGCUAAGGAACCCAAGAGCCUGGUCGCCCGUGCGAAGUGUUGGCUCCGUUGUGGGCACCGAAGCGCAUCCAGAAAGCGAUUCAACCGUAUUCGAAUCGGACUCCACGCACCACGGAUCGGAUGUGUUCCUGGGCGAGGAUGAUGACCACACGGGCUCCCAGUUCUGGACAGAGUGCGGCAUACUGUGGAGCUGCGUUGCUCCGGGUGCGGUGACCGUAGAUGCCGGAAACAUGCCCAAUUGGUUUAACGAACAGUCGACCAGCGACAGCAAAGUGGAUGUUAAUGCCAAUUGGCGGAAGGAUAUUCUAGUCAAGCUACAGAGGCGGCAGGAGCGACUCGCCAAGCUGCAGACUGUGGCCAAGUUCGAGAAGGCCGUAGAGCUUUCUUCGUGGGUGAAAUCGGCGGAUGCUCGCUACCAGCGACCUGGCGGCGAUUUCGAGGACUGCAUCAUCGAACUGGAGUGGGUGAGCAGCGGCAGUGGAACGAGUGGCGGUGCCAGCGACUCUGGCACUUUCACAGUGCUCAGUCCGGAUGGAGCAGCCACGAAAAUUCAGUUUCCGCUGUCGGACAUCACCUGUGUGCAGUGCUGCAGCGAAGCAGGAGCACCCCGGAUCGCCAUCCAUGCACCCCAUCUACCUGUGAACUGCUCGCCGGUGAAGCUGCAGUUCUCCAGCGAUUCGGAGAUGGAGGAUUGGCUAUCCCACCUGUCGUCCGUGUGCAGCCAGAUCAACACGCUGGUGGGCAAACCGGCCAGCAAUGCCAUCUGGUUGACCAGCGAAUUGGGUGAUGUGUUUGUUUUCGAUGCGGCCAACAUGAAGGCGCAGCAGACAAGUGAACCCGGAGAAGGGUAUAUGGAGAAGAUGGACGUGUCAACAUGCGAAACCCCCUACUACAAUACUCUUUACAAUGGAAUGCCGUGUGGCACUGAACUGGAGAUAUCCGGCUGUGUGUACGAUGACGCUGAUCAGAUACGCUUCGACCUGCAGUCGCACUCCACAGUCAAAGUGCAGCCGCAUCGUGUUGAGAAGCACCGAGUGAUUGCCCUGCAUCUGAAUCCCCGUUUCAACGAACGCACCACGGUGCUCAACUCGAUGAAGGACUCUGAGUGGCUGGAUGAGAUUCGCAAUGACAAGAUGGCAUUUGGUCCUGGUGCCACAUUUACUUUGAAGAUAAGGGCUCUAAAGAACCACUACCUGAUGAUCGUGAACAAUGCCGUUUACACCGACUACAAAUACCGCAUAGAUCCGGAAAGCGUUACCCGGCUUUAUGUGAGCGGUCGCAUUAAGCUCUUCAGCGUGCUGUACCGCUGUCCUUCGCUCAUUGUGUCCAUGGAGCGGAUGCACUGGCGCCAAAUGGGCGGCCACAUUAAGCGGAUAUUCAACAGCGGCGUGGACGUGGUGUGGGGCAUUUCCUGCGACAACACCGGUUGGGUUUACAACGGAGGCUGGGGCGGCAUGUUCCUAAAGGGUCUGGAGGGAUCGGGCAAAAUCAACCCCAUGAUUGACACGCACACCUACUAUGUGUACGAGAACCAGCGCUGGAAUCCGAUCAGUGGGUUCACUGCGAAGAGUCUGCCCACCGACCGGCACAUGUGGAGUGAUGCCAGUGGACGGCAGAAGCGCAGCAAGGAGCACACCAAGCUGCUGUCCACGCACUGCGAAUGGAUAUCGGAUUGGGCCAUUGACUACAACAUUCCGGGGGGCGCCGAUAAGGAGGGCUGGCAAUAUGCCAUCGACUUUCCCGCCAACUACCAUGCCCACAAGAAGCUCACGGACUGCGUGCGCCGGCGCAGAUGGAUGAAGCGGUGUCGCCUCACCAGCAGCGGACCCUGGCAGGAGCUGAGUCAGUCCAAAAUCCUCGAUGCCGCGCUGCAGGUAUUGGACGAUGAUGUGAAUAGCAGCCCGGGUGGGAACAACACAGCUGUGUCCGCCUGGGCCAUCGCCUCCAAUGGCGAUGUUCUCAUACGGCACGGGGUGUGCAGCUUGAAUCCGCGUGGUGAGUCCUGGGAACACAUCACCAGCGACCAGCCGCUCGUGGGGAUCAGCGUGGGACCCACGGGACAGGUGUGGACUGUGGCCCGCAACGGAAUGGUGUUCUUCCGGUACGGAAUCAGCAGGCAAAAUCCGUGCGGCGAUGCCUGGCAGCAGGUGGAGGCUCCUGCGGGCGUGACUUUUAAGGCGAUUAGCGUGGGACGCGCUGGGAUUUGGGCGCUGGACAACCAGCAGCGAUUGGCUGUGCGAAAAGAGAUCUCGAUGACCUUCCCCGAGGGAUCCCACUGGCAAUUUCUGCCCAAUGCCGCCAAUGUGCCGCCGCACACGGAGCAGCAUUGUGGUUUCCGGUCGGUGUCCGUGGGUUCCGAGGUGUGGGCCAUUUCCUUGAAUGGCAUUAUCUGCAGGCGGUGCGGGAUUACAAAGGACAAUCCAGCUGGCGUUGGAUGGAACCUCGGCAUUGCGGGCCAGUGGCAAAAUGUCUCAGUCGAAGGAUACAUGUAAAAGGUCCUUAUUUCCAUAUUUGGACAUUCCUAUAUACUUACGGAUGUUCCGUUUUGUUGUAUUUAUCCAUAUAUUUAUAAGCUUUUUCGAAUAUGCCAGCGCUUUUCCAAAGAUUUUCAAGUCAAGUUUUCCCCUUUAAACUAUUUAUAUAUGUAAAUUUAUUAUUUAAAUUUAUUUGUACCGCCUAAUAAUUUAAACAUAUAUUUAUGCCAUAUGUUUAAGGUAAAUUAUUUGAACAGAAACAUGUGUACAAUGUUGCGUUUAGUCAAAACAGAUCGUGCAGUCGUGAUUAUUUUGCUUUGUUGUAAGAAAGUAUUAAACCUCAAGAAUAAAAGUAUUAAUGUGACACUUUUGUCUUACAUUACGUCUUUACGUAAUGUGGUUUAAAUAUGGAAAAGGAUAAAGUUUUUUAGUGGCUGUAAGUAUUUAUUGUUUCGCAUAUUAAAUGGUACUUUCUUAAAAAAUAUUUGAAAAUGUGUCACUGGAGCCCUGGUCAAUACUUUGUAACGGUAUAUUUAUGGUAUUUCAACAUUAUGCUUUGGUUUUUUUCUAAAAGUCAGCCAACGGUCACACUUAAGAAAAAAACCAAAACAACACAAUUUGUAUUUAUUUAUUGCAUGCUUCAAUCGUUCAUUGGAUUAAUAAGAUUUUAAAUAGUUACUUAUCUGUGACUAUGUCUGAUUACGACCAUGCGCGCAUCAAAAAACUAGUUUUAAAGGGAGAGAAACACAA